AUGGAGCCAUUAAACGCGAUGAUCCCGAUACAUGGUCAAAUGAAUGACCCAGCUUCAGCACUCACGGUGCCAUCCUUAGGUUUUGUUUCGUUGACCGAUCAAAAUGAACGAAGUGGUUGUCUCAUCGUUUAUCCACGUUCACAUUUACGUUUUACUGAAUUAUGUAACAUUACCAAAAAUUUGAAAGAUUUUGUCAAGGUACCUUCGAAUCAUCUGAUUAUGAAUCAUGGACAAACACUUGGUAAACUUGUUCAUUGUCGUGCCGGCGACCUUAUACUAUGGAAUAGUCGUCUCAUUCAUUGUAAUUCGCCUGCUACUGCUAUCGAAGAACGAUACCCAAAUGAACCCGUUGAUCUAUUACGUAUUGUUGCUUAUGUGAGUAUGAGUCCAACAACAUUUGUAAACGGUCAAACACUCGAUGAAUUUAGAGAAAAAUGA